AUGAUUACCCUUAUGAUUGUUUAUCAACGUCAAAUUAUCAUAGCUUUGACACCUUUUUCACAAGAUUUACGGGAAUUGAAAAUAGGAAAUUUUAAAAUAGGCUGGAUUGUACCUAUCAUAAUUUUGAUUAUAAUUUCUUUUCCACCUUUAUUUGGACACGAAAUCGUCGUUUUAAUAUGUGGUUUGGUUUGGGGACUUUGGUGGGGUUUUGCCAUAGUUUCAGUUGGAACAUAUUUGGGAGAAUUAGCGAAUUUUUUCGUUUUCAGAUAUGCUUGCAGGGAGCGUGCUGUAAAAUACAAAGAAAAGAAUUUGAGGUUUGAUACUUUGAGUUUAGUCAUCAGGGACGGUGGAUUUUGGAUUGCACUCAUAGCUAGACUUUCAGCAAUUCCAAGUCAUCUUUUAACUCCAGUCUUUGCCACAAGUGGUAUGAAUGUUUGGAUCUUUUCAGCUGCCACAAUCCUUUCAUCACCAAAACAAUUUUCACAAGUUUAUUUAGGUACACUUUUUCAAGUUCAAACAGUGAAAAAACCUGACUCAGGAAAAUUAGUAGAAGCUUUUAUUUUUAUUUCAUCUGGUUUAGUCACUAUUGGAGCUGCUGCUUAUAUUUAUUGGAAAAUGAAAAAAAUGAAAGUAGUGGUUUUGGAAGAUAGAAUGAAAUCUCAAAUGUCUGAUGGCACUUUGGCUGAUGAUCAAUCUGGUAGAGUUGACCCAUCUGUUGUAAUCUACCCAAGACUUGUGUCAAAUGGUGUUGAGUUUGGCAGUACGCUGAAGCUUCAGGGAAGUGACAGUGAAAAGAUGGAAUGGAAUCAAAAGGAUCAAUGA